UUCUUCAAGGAUACAAAACGAUAAAGAACUGCCCUGGAAUACUGUCUGAAACACAAUCUCCAUACCUCGACAGCACAAGAACGAUUCUUCACUUCCACGUGAAUAACAACCCAAAGCCAACAUUGCAACAAAACUAAAAUCUUUGGAAAAAACACAAGCCAAACCGUUUCGACAAAAUCAAAACAGAACAAUUCACUGUAUUUAAUGGCACGUUAUUGCUAAACGGUUGUUAAAAAUAUAUACAGCUAUGGCCAAUAGUUGUGCAAUUUUUGUCAGUUUUUUUGCUAAGUGUAUGGGAAACUACAAAGCGGUGUGUAAUUCAACAUUAUUCAGCCGGUUUCAUCUGACUUUAUGAAGCAAAAUGAUUUAAUUCUAUAGUGGGAUGCAAAACCUUUGGCCUAAGCUGUAGGUCAUUGAUAAAACCCAUGGUGUUUUAACAGUCAGCUGUUCUGUUUAUUGCCCUUGAAUGGGGAAAAAAAUGCUUUGAAAUAGUUUUUUAGCAGUUCUGUAAAUGCUAAAUAUAGAUAAGAACAGCAGGGCAGCCUGAUAAAUGAACAUUUUCUACCAGACCUGAGAACCAGCCAGGUGCACAGAUAAAACAUUAUGAACCCAUGCACACUUCAGAGCUACACUGUAAUAAACACUGCAAACCAGGGUGAACGAUGGUGAAUGCAGAGUAUAACCAUGGGCGAACUGCAAAAAAUACAGCAGGAAACCUUUAUAAGGGGCGACAGUGCUGGAGAGCUGAGAAUGCAGUGUAUAGGAUAGUGCUCAUUAUUAAGCUGCAGAGUAACGUCAGCCCUGGAGAGCUGAGCAUGCUGUUAAGCCUAGUGCUCAUUAUGCUAAAUUGUGACAGAAGUGAGGAGUACUUCAAUUAGUUUCUGGAGCUGCCCCUUUUGUGUCUCUUUAACAGCUGGUUUCACAGAUCCCAAUUAACCCUGAUCUAAUCAGGGUCUGUGAAACCAGUCAGAACUGAGGGUCGUUCUUUAACCAAUGGCUACAGAGUGUCAUCAGAAUCCAAAACACACAAAAAAAUCAAACCAAGGCGAAUCAUUUCAGGGGUGGUGGCUGGGAAUCGGAAGCUUGCCAGCACACACUGGACAGCCCGGACACACACCUCUCUGGGAUAAAAGAUAAGGCACUGUUUGUUGUUCCUUGAUCAUGCCAGGUGUCUUAAGGGGAUGAAGGACGUUGCUGGUCGAUGGGAGCUGUCAUCGGAGAUUUGGCACGGGAAUAUGAAAAUGUACAUGCGUGUAUAUAUAGGAGGACUUAACUGCGGAAGAGCAGUCUUGUGCAGCAGAAACUCAAGAUGGGAUCGUGGGGUAUGAUGGUGUGUCUGGCUUUCGCCGUUUGUGUGGGAACUGCAUCAGCAGCCACGCUAGGUGCGGUGUUAACCGAAGGGGGUAUGGUCGAGGGGACCAGUAAAAAGUUGGGAUUCCGAAAACAUAUGGACGUCUUCAAAGGGAUUCCCUUCGCAGCCCAGCCAGGACGGUUUGAGGUCGCUAAACCUCACCCGGGAUGGAGCGGGUUGCUGAAGGCCACGGAGUUCAAGAAGCGGUGCCUGCAGAUGACUCUGACCCAGUCUUCCACGCGGGGCAGCGAGGACUGUCUCUACCUGAACAUCUGGGUGCCCCAUGGGGCGCAAGUGUCCACUGGGCUGCCGGUCAUGGUUUACCUCUAUGGGGGAGCCUUCCUCGUGGGGGGGUCUCAGGGGGCUAACUUCAUGGAUAACUACCUGUACAGCGGGGAGGAGAUCGUGCAGCGCGGGAAUGUCAUCGUGGUGUCCCUCAACUACCGCGUCGGGACCCUGGGCUUCCUCAGCACUGGAGAUGCCAACGGGCCCGGUAACUACGGUCUGUGGGACCAGCACAUGGGCAUCGCCUGGGUCCACCGCAACAUCAAGGCCUUCGGAGGGGACCCCGACAACAUCACCCUCUUCGGGGAGUCAGCAGGGAGCGCUAGCGUCAACUUCCAGAUCCUCACACCGUACAACAAAGGGUUAGUCCGCAGGGCUAUCUCUCAGAGUGGGGUAUCGCUGAGCCCCUGGGCCCUCUCGAAAGACCCCCUCUACUGGGCAAAACAGAUUGCGCAGAAGGUGGGCUGUCCCACUGACACCACGACCAGCAUGAUGGGCUGCCUGAAGAUCACUGACCCUGUGGCCCUCACCUUGGCCGGGAACCUCAGGCUGUUCAACUUAAACGAGCCUGUGGUGUACGGGUUAGGAUUGGCCCCGGUGGUGGAUGGGGAUUUCAUACCAGAGCACCCCAGCAAUCUGUUCCACAACGCUGCGGAGGUGGACUACAUCGCCGGCACCAAUGACAUGGAUGGGCACUUAUUCGCAGGAUUCGACAUCCCCUCUGUCAACGAGCGCUGGACCCCAACCCCCCCGGAGGACCUGUACGGCCUACUGAGGGGGCUGACGAAGGAGAAGGGGGAGCGGGCCGCUAACACCUCGUACGCUCUGUACACCCAGAGCUGGGGGGCCGAGCCCACCAAGGAGACCAUCAAGAAGACGGUGGUGGAGCUGGAGACAGACUUCCUGUUUUUGGCUCCGACACAGGCCGCUACACACCUGCACCUCAAGCACUCAAAGGGCGGGCGGACGUACUCGUACGUCUUCAGCGUGCCGUCUCGUAUCCCCUUCUUCCCCAGCUGGAUGGGGGCGGACCACGCAGAGGACCUGCAGUACGUCUUCGGGAAACCCUUCACCACCCCGCUGGCAUACUUCCCCCGGCACAGGGACGUCUCCCGGUACCUCAUUGCCUACUGGACCAACUUCGCCUGGACCGGGAACCCCAGCGACGGAGGGUCAAAGGUCCCCAGCGCCUGGCCAGCCUACACCAAGGUCAAGCAGCAGUACCUGGAGAUCAACACCAAGAUCACAGCCAGCUCAGUGAAGGAGAACCUGAGGAGCCCCUUCAUGAAGUACUGGGGCGAGACCUUCAGGAGCCUGCCGUCUGUGGAAUCAGAGCCCCCCACUAUCUGAGACGUGCUGCACCCCCCGGACCCCCAGAACAGCGCUGGGCUCUGACAAACCAGCGGGAAACGUUCUUAUGGUAUACUGAAGCCAUUGUCAGCACAGAGGGUAUUUCUAAACGCACCAACUAAACUUCUAAUCUGCAGCACACCACUACAGUUUGAUCUGUAUGGCUUUCACAGACCUGAUUUAACACAUUUCUUUUGAAUCUGGUACAAUCGUUAGAGACAAGUUAUUGAAAAUGUAGGAAAAUGGGAAUAUAGGGAUAUUUUUUUUGGUACCUUAUUCGGAAUUUGUUUUAUUGCUGGUGUUUUCUGUAUUUUCUCGCCCCUCCCAGUUUGCUUUUCAAUAAAAUCUAGUGUUGGAGCCUCUGAUGCAAUCAAAAGGA